UGCCCCAUCAUUGGUGUCAGUGGGGGAGGAAUAGUGCCCCAUCGUUGUGUCAGUGGGGGAGGAAUAGUGCCCCAUCAUUUGUGUCAGUGGGGGAGGAAUAGUGCCCCAUCAUUUGUGUCAGUUGGGGGGAGGAAUAGUGCCCCAUCGUUGGUGUCAGUGGGGGGAGGAAUAGUGCCCCAUCGU